GGCAGAAGUUUGGGAGGGGGAGUAGAAGUUACUCAUUUGCUCGAUUCCGCACGGUGAGUCCAGGGGAGAAGCAAGUGUUCCGCAGCCUUGACAAGCAGCAGCACAGGGCAGCGAGGCUGCUGUCACCAGGACCGGACGGGACAGGGGCUACCGGGCUGCGUCUGAGCAUGGUGGUCCCAGGGUCCAGACGAACUACUCUACAGAUCAGGCAUUUGCCUUCUCUUCCCUAUGAUGGCCAGAGUGUCCUGUGCUAAGAGAGAGUGUCAAAGAAGACCUCAACGUCCGGAGAAAAAUGAUCUUUCAAGGAAUACAAAGCAUACCUCCUGCUACAUGUUUUUGCCUUACUAACCUCUGAUAAUCGGACGCAUGGCCCUGGGCCUACACAAAGUCCAUUGACCACCAAACUCCUCACCAUGCAUCACCUGUUCAGACUGGUCUUGGGACAAAAAGAUCUUUCCCGAGCCGGGGACCUCUUCUCCUUGGAUGACUCUGAGAUUGAAGACAGCCUGACAGAAGCUUUGGAGCAAAUUAAAAUAAUUAGCUCAUCUUCAGAUUACCAAACCAACAACAAUGACCAGGCCGUGGUUGAGAUCUGCAUCACAAGAAUCACAACAGCCAUCAGAGAGACAGAGUCCAUUGAAAAGCACGCAAAGGCCCUCGUAGGGCUCUGGGACUCCUGCCUGGAGCACAAUCUGAAACCCUCCGGGAAAGAUGAAGACACCCCUCAUGCAAAAAUCGCCUCUGAUAUCAUGAGCUGUAUUUUGCAGAAUUACAACCGGCCCCCUGUGAUGGCACUAGCCAUCCCCAUUGCAGUGAAAUUCCUCCACAGAAGCAACAAAGAACUGUGCAGGAACAUGUCCAACUACUUGUCCCUGGCUGCAAUCACCAAGGCGGAUCUCCUGGCUGAUCACACAGAAGUCAUAGUGAAGAGCAUACUCCAAGGCAACACCAUGUUGCUGAGGGUGUUACCUGCUGUGUAUGAAAAGCAGCCUCAGCCAAUUAACAGACACCUGACAGAACUCCUGGCCUUGAUGUCGCAGCUGGAGCAGCCAGAGCAGUACCAUCUCCUGCGGCUUCUGCACGUAGCCGCGAAGAGAAAGCAACCAGAGGUGGUUCAGAAGUGUAUUCCUUUCUUAAUCGGACAUUUGAAGGACUCAACCCAUAGUGAUGUCAUCCUAAACAUCCUCAUAGAGAUUGCAGGCUAUGAACCAGUGGCCCUGAACAGUUUCCUUCCGAUGCUGAGAGAGAUUGGUGAGAGAUUCCCCUACCUCAUUGGACAGAUGGCCAGAAUUUAUGGAGCUGUUGGGCAUGUGGAUGAAGAGAGAGCCAGGAGCUGCCUGCCAUUUCUGGUGAGUCAGCUGGCCAACAUGGAGCACUCCUUUCACCAUAUUCUCCUGCUGGAGAUUAAGAGCAUCACAGACACAUUCUCCUCCCUCCUGGGCCCUCAGAGCAGAGACAUCUUCCGCAUGAGCAACAGCUUCACUGCCAUUGCCAAGCUCCUUACCCGACAACUGGAAACCACCAAACCCCAAAGUGGCAGGAGAAAAAUCAGCACUGAAAUUGAAUUCCCUGAGAAGCUAGAAGGAACCAAGCUCACCGCAGCUGAAAAUGAAGACCAAAAAAAGCUCCAUGUUAAAAUACAGGCUUUUGAAGACAAAGUAAAUGCUGAGAUCAAUACCCCUGGAUCUACCAGAAGAUAUAGUUUGGGCCAAGUUUCCAAGGAAGAAAGAAAAGACAUUAGAUUUAACAGGUCAAAGAGUCUGGCUUUGCACACUGUGCUAACAAAGGGCAUGAGUUCAGAUGAUGGGGAAGUUGUUGAGAGAGGAGAUAUACCAGCCAGCAUCUCCCUUUCAGAAAUAGACUCACUUAGCCAAGGAAAUAAGUCACCCUUUAAGGCUGACACUGAUGGAUCACAGCUGGGAAAUUCUUCAGUUUCACACCCAAGCAUUAUACAUAUAGAAUCAGAGAAUCUGCCAGAAACAGUAAAAAAAAACUAUCAGGAAGAAACUCCAGAGAUGACUGUAAGUCCUGUAGAAUACCAAGAUAAGCUCUACUUGCACUUAAAGAAGAACCUCAGUAAAGUGAAAGCAUACGCUGUGGAAAUCGGAAAGAAGAUUCCAGUCCCUGACCAGUGUACCAUUGAAGAUACUGUUAGAAGUUGUGUAGCCAAGUUGUUCUUCACCUGCUCCCUGAAGGGCCAUUACUGCCUGUACAGUAAAUCCAGUUUUAUUCUCAUCAGCCAAGAACCUCAGCCAUGGAUCCAGAUCAUGUUUCUGUUUCAGCAGAGCCUAUUUCCAGAGCCCCUGUCCAUCCAGAGCCGUUCUGUGCAAUUUCUCAGAUCUCUGUGGGAGAAGACCCAGGCAGAGGGUGCCCACAGCUUCGAAACAGCCAUGCUGGAGUCUACAUUUCCACAGCAGAAGGAUCUGGACCAGGUACAGCUCCAUCUGGAAGAAGUGAGGUUCUUUGACGUGUUUGGCUUCAGCGAAGCAGCAGGAGCAUGGCAAUGCUUCAUGUGCAACAACCCUGAAAAAGCAGCCGUUGUAAAUCAAGACGGCCAGCCUCUCAUAGAAGGGAAACUUAAAGAGAAGCAAGUCAGAUGGAAGUUCAUCAAAAGGUGGAAAACCCGUUACUUCACACUGGCUGGAAACCAACUUCUGUUUCAAAAAGGAAAGUCUAAAGACGAUCCUGAUGACUCACCAAUAGAACUCAGCAAAGUACAGAGCGUGAAGGUUGUGGCCAGAAAACGCAGGGACCGCUCUCUCCCUCGGGCUUUUGAAAUCUUCACAGACAAUAAAACCUAUGUUUUCAAGGCCAAGGAUGAGAAGAACGCAGAAGAGUGGCUCCAGUGCAUCAAUGUGGCAGUUGCCCAAGCAAAAGAGAGAGAGAGUCGAGAGGUGACCACAUAUCUGUAGGGACUCGCAAGCCGACCUCACACUGACUGUGUACAAUGGCAUUGCAUUAUCACUGCCAAUGUCAAGAAAAAAAGAUAAAUUCGCCGAGUCAUGUGUUUUUUACUAAAUACCAGUGGAACAGUUUUUCCUCUGAAGCAGUACCCAAAAGCGGCAGGAUUCCUAGCACAUCUUACAUCCUAAUGGCAUUUGCAUUAACUUCAGGACAUUGGUGUAAGCUAGGAUAAGCCUAGGAAACCAUUUUCUCCAGCCCCAAAUUCUGUGCCACUCCCAUUUACACUUGAGAUUUUGGGUUUUGCCAUUAGCCAUAUGCUUUUUUUAAAGAAUUAAGCUGUAGGAAGCAGAAUUCUGGGAUAACUCCCGAAGGCCCACACCCAGUAUAACCUUCUCCCCUUGAGUGUGGUAGAACCUGCAACUUGCUUCUAACUAACGGAAUAUGGCAGAAGAGAUAGACUGGUCUCUCUCCUGAUUAUGUGAGAUUCUAUGGCAAGGGUAAAGAGAUUUUGCAGAUAUGAUGAAGGUCCUUAAUCAGCUGACCUUGAGGUCAUCCAAAGGAUAUGAUCCUGGGUGAGCCUGACCUAAUCAGAUGAGCCCUUUAAAAGCAAGUCAGAGACUCUCUCUCACUGGCCUGGAAUAAGCGAGCUGCUAUGAGUCCUGCAGCUUCAAGGAAAUGAACUUUGCCAGCAACCAGUGAGCCUGGAAGAGGAUCCCCAGCCUCGUGUAAGAGCCCAGCCACCUUGACUGCACCUUGACCGCAGCUUUGCAAACCCUGAGCAGAGGGCCCAGCUGAGCCAUGCUUGGACUCCUGACCCACGGAAACUUCGAGAUAAUAAAUAUGUGCUUUUUUAA